GCUGGGGCAGUACGAAAAAUUUACAUUGUCUUGGAUCUAAAAAAAUGGCUUAUAAAUAGAACCCUACCCAACGCAUUCUGAUCAACAGUCUCCAUUCUUUCUCUUCAUAGAUCCUUUUCGUAUAAUUUAUAGCUAUAGCAAUAAGUUUUUUCAAGCUAGUUGAGAAGACUCUACUAUCAUGGGUAAAAGUCCUCAGGCCAGAGGACUCAUGGGAGCUUUGAUGAUACGCUCCUUGAUUCUGUUAUCCCUUCUGGCUGGGGCAGUGGUUGGUGGUCGAAAUCAGGUUCGGCACUACAACUUCGAUGUGGAGUACAUUUUUGGGGCACCCGACUGCAAGGAGCACGUGGUGAUGGGCAUCAAUGGGCAGUUCCCUGGCCCCACCAUUAGGGCCAACGCCGGCGACACCGUCGUCGUCCACCUCACCAACAACCUCCACACAGAGGGCGUUGUCAUCCAUUGGCAUGGAAUUAGACAGUUGGGUACUCCGUGGGCAGAUGGUACAGCCUCAAUCUCCCAGUGUGCUAUUAACCCGGGAGAAGUAUUUACUUAUAGAUUCUUAGUUGAUAAGCCGGGAACAUACUUUUACCAUGGGCACUACGGAAUGCAAAGAUCAGCAGGGCUUUAUGGGUCAUUAAUUGUUGACGUGGCAGAAGGAGAGAGAGAGCCCUUCCACUACGAUGACGAGCUCAACCUCUUACUCAGCGAUUGGUGGCACCAAAGCAUUCAUGAGCAAGAGGUUGGCCUCUCUUCGGCGCCCAUGCGUUGGAUCGGUGAACCACAGAGCUUGUUGCUGAAUGGUAGAGGACAAUAUAAUUGCUCAUUGGCAGCGCAUUAUAGCAACUCAUCCUCUAACCAGUGCAACUUAAAGGGUGGAGAAAAGUGCGCACCCAUGAUUCUGAAUGUGCAACCCAAAAAGACAUACAGGCUAAGAAUCGCUAGUACAACUGCCCUAGCUUCCCUGAACUUGGCAAUUGGGAAUCACAAAAUGUUGGUAGUGGAAGCCGAUGGAAACUAUGUGCAACCAUUCGCUGUGGAUGACCUGGACAUUUAUUCAGGGGAAAGUUACUCAGUCCUAAUAACCACAGAUCAAAAUCCUAAAAACAACUAUUGGGUCUCAGUAGGAGUUAGAGGGAGAGAACCGAAGACCCCACAAGGUCUUACCCUCCUAAAUUACCUCCCAAAUUCAGCAUCAAAACUCCCCGUUUCACCUCCUCCAGUCACACCGAAAUGGAAUGAUUAUAACCACAGUAAAUCCUUUACCAAAAGCGUUUUGGCCCGAAUGGGAUCCCCAAAACCUCCAAGAUUUUACAACCGUCGGAUGAUCCUCCUCAACACUCAAAACAAGCUCAACGGUCACACAAAGUGGGCCAUCAACAAUGCCUCCUUGAUACUGCCAGCUACCCCAUACUUGGGCUCAGUGAAAUUUUUGCUGAACCACACCUUUGACCAGACGAGCCCACCAGAAAGCUAUCCUGCCAAUUAUGACAUCAUGAAGCCUCCCGCCAACAUCAACACCACCACUAGUAGUGGCGUCUACAGGCUCCAAUUCAAAUCCACGGUAGACGUUAUCCUUCAAAACACUAAUGCCAUAGCCCCAAACGUCAGCGAAAUUCACCCGUGGCACUUGCAUGGGCACGACUUUUGGGUUUUGGGCUAUGGAGAAGGUAAGUUUUCCAAGGAGGACGAGAAUAAACUUAACCUGAAGAAUCCACCCCUAAGAAACACCGCGGUGAUUUUUCCAUAUGGAUGGACUGCCCUUCGAUUUGUGGCGGACAAUCGAGGAGUUUGGGCAUUCCAUUGCCACAUUGAGCCUCAUUUGCAUAUGGGAAUGGGAGUGAUUUUUGAUAUUGAAGGUCGCUUUGUUAAGGGCAUACCUAGUGAGGCUCUUGCUUGUGGCGCCACUGGGAAGCUGAUGGCCAUGGAUGGCAAGUAUCCCUGAGAUUGAUUGAUUGAUCGAUCGAUAUAACACUAAAGAAUUAUGCAUUGUGUGAUGAGUUAUUGUUAAUCACUAAACACUAGAUGAAAAAUUAAGGUGUAACUCGGGAAAUGUGCUUUUAAUAGAUUAUCUCCUGAGUAGGGUUUUCGAUAGAGUAAAGUAGGGUUUUAUUUAUCUUCUCGGGACCAUUUAUUAGAAUGUGAUGAGUGUAUGAGUGGAGUCACGAGGAAGAGUUGUCUUGCAGCCUUUUGUGAAAUGAAAUGAAAUUUAUAUUUCUAAUGUU